AUGACAAUUAACAGCGAAAUAACAACAAAGAUAUUAUUCAUCCAUAUCUCAAGACAUAUUGAGCGAUGGAGAUAUACCUUUAUCCAACGUUCAUUUCAUAAUAAUUGGCAUCUAAUAUGUUUGCCGUCGCAGUGUAAAUUGAUUUUGAAUAAAAUUGGCUACGUCUCAUUGAAUCGAACAUUCCAUACAACACGCAUGGCAAUCUCAUAA